AGUUUACUGAUGGUACUAAAUCAUAGCGCGUUCCUCUAAAAUCACCUCGAUGUUGUUGAGGCUGGGAAUAGGACUAAUAUAUGAUGUGCAGCUUUCUAGAACACACAACGGUUUCCAAGGGGAGGAAAGCAAAAUGAAAGCUGUGCAAUGAUAGGGAUGCACAGCAUGGGCGCAACUCUUCCAAGCCCUGGCCCAAGGCUGAAGGGAUGGUAAAGAGGGAUGAGCAGCAACAGGGUAUCACUGCAGACAUGGCUGGGGCUGCAGCAUUGGUCUCUGCAGCAUGCUCUGGGGCUGUGUUUUGAUUUGCAUGUAGGAUUAGAAGGUGUUUUAUGCAAGUUUGCAGAUGAAGCUAAAUUAGGAGAAGUUGUUGACCCUGUGCAAAGUGAUGGAAAAUGACGGUGGGGUUAGCAGGAGCAGCAACCCAGAGUGGUAACUGAUGCACUUAGCACAUUGAUUUUUGUGGUUUGAAAUUGGGUAGCUUUGUGGCCUCGUAAACAAGCAGUCAAAUUUUCUUACAAUGAAACAUUCAGGAGAGCCUUUGAUAAAUUUGCAGAGGAAGCUCCUGUUCAAUGGCAGGGGCCUUUCGGAGAGUCCCCAGCAGCCGUGCAGCUCUCAGUUAUUGCCAGAGAGCAGCAUAUUUACUGCCACCGAUCUCAGGUGCAUAAGGGAGAGACAAAUUCAAAGAUGGGAUACUUCGGCUGCCUCUGAGCACUGGUGCCUCUCAGCACCAGCAUCAGGAAAUUACAGAUGGCAGCCAUGUUAACCACUGGGUUGCUGUGAUCUUCUAGAGGGAAGUAAUGAGCCCUGAGACUCGAGCUUUUGCAUGGCAGUAAAGCUCACAAUACUAUACUGCCUAUAAAAUUAUUAGUUAAGCUGGUAAAGGUAGGAAUUGGUUAAGAACAAUAGCAAAGCGGGUAAAAACUGGCAAAAGAACAGCAUGAGGACUGGUGGUUGCUUGUAGUGCUUGCCUUGUUCUUCCGUGGGCAAAGACGUGGCCUCCAGCCACUUCUCAAUGCCUGUUUCUUACUACAGCUCCUGUUGAAUAUCUGCUUUGGGAAGGCUGGUGACAAUCUUCCAGCAUGACAGCAUUCUCAGCAUCUGCCUGGGAGGAAAUAGUGACCUGGAUUGUAGCAUUAAUUUGUGACAGCGUGAUGAUGCAGCAUGGAAAUUAGCUGCUUUUUACCUUAUGGGCUGGAAACGUACAGAAGUGGUGCUGCCAGACUCGUCACCUCACAGUAAAGGCCAGUCUGAAGUUUGGGUGGUCAAGGAUCUAACUGAUACUUGCUGGGAAAAUAAUGCUGCUGUGGGUCAGGGGCUGGAGGUGGUGCUGCAGAGGGCAGGAUAUGGCAUUUUGCAGAGGAGAUGUGGGAAAUGAGAACAUGUUCAGAGGAUGCAAUGGAGAGCAAUGCAGGUGUUGGAGCACGGAGCCAUUGCAGCCCCUGGUGCCUGCUCUCCCAUGGAGCUGCGGGUGCUGCAUACCUCCCACUCUGUGUCUGUGCUGUUCAUGCUGGCCCAGUCCCUGCAGUGCCACCUUGAUGUGACAUCCAUGUCCUUCAGCACUGCUCCUGAGCACAGCGGAGAGGAGAGGCAAGAGUUGCAGGUUGCCACAGUAACCCCUGUUCCACCACUUUUUGCUUCUCCACCAGGAAAAUACAUCGCUCUGCAGACACCCAGCUCCAUGCUCAUGAUUUAUACUGAUUGUGUUUGCACUGGGGCUACUGAACGCUGAAGGCUGGUGUAGAAGACCCCUGCAGGACCAGCUCCAUGCUUCUGAAUCCCCAUUGCUUCCAGAUCUCCUUCAUGCAGCCAAACCACCUCGGGCUGACUGCCUGAAAUAGGGCUGAGUGUCAUUCCCCCUGAACUCAACGAGAGCCUUCUCACUGAAACAGCAGCUUUCUUUUGGAGGAGAUUUUUUUGGAGAAGCAGGCUGAGAGCCAGUAUUCCUUAUGGUAAAUGCUUCUCCUUCCAUCAGUGCACCUGUGGAUUAGCUAGCCCAUCGCAGAGGGCACUACAGUGGGAGCUGCUCAACGCUCUUGCAGUCUGACAGAGGCGGGUGGAAGCAAGUUGAGAGAAAGGACAUUCCCCAGGAAGGGAGCUGGGCAGUCCUCGACCCUGUGCUAAGUAAAGGACAGCCAGCCACACCACUUGCUUUUGCCUAAAAUAAAUCCCCCCAAGUCCCAGGAGAUCCGUUUGCAGUUGAACUGAUUUUCCAGGGCUGUCAUCAAUAUAAUGGAUGAGGAAGAUCCUUCCUUUACUUCUGGCACAAACUAUGGUGUUUUGUCACCCUUUUCUCCAAGGCAGCAUGGACAUCAAGGAGUAUUUUGCCAGAAUUUCUUACCGAGGCUCCCAUGAUAAACCAGACCUGGAAACCCUGACAGAAAUAUUCCGGCACCACAUCCAAGCAGUUCCUUUUGAGAACCUCAGCAUUCACUGUGGGGAAAGCAUCGAGCUGGAUCUAACAGCCACUUACAACAAGAUAGUGAGGAAGAAACGUGGGGGCUGGUGCAUGGAGAACAACCACCUCUUAUCUUGGGCCCUGAAAACCCUAGGGUACAACGUCACCCUUCUGGGAGCAAAAGUUUAUGUCCCGGAGCACGAUGCAUACGCUGAUGACAUUGAUCAUCUGUUGCUAAAAGUGGUGCUUCAUGACAAAUCCUACAUUGUGGACGGUGGUUUUGGGAUGGCCUACCAGAUAUGGCAGCCGAUGGAGCUGAUUUCGGGGAAAGAUCAGCCUCAGACACCCGGCAUCUUUCGCUUCCUAGAAGAGAAUGGGAACUGGUACCUUGAGAAGGUGAAAAGGAAGCAGUAUGUUCCCAACCACAGCAACACUGCUCCUCAUAACGUGGACAAAGAAGUUUGCCGUCGAGUUUAUCUCUUCACCCUCCAGCCCCAAGACAUAGAAGAGUUUAGAGCCAGAAAUCUGUACCUGCAGACUGCCCCAGACUCACUUUUUGUUACAAAGUCCAUCUGCAGCCUGCAGACCGCCGAUGGGGUCCGGGCACUCGUUGGGUGGAAGCUCACUGAGAUAAAGUACAAUUACAAGGAUAACAUGGAUCUGGUGGAAAUCAGAAUCCUUGCAGAUGAAGAAAUGGAGAAAACAUUGAAGGAGAAAUUCAAUAUAAUAUUAGAUAAGAAAUUUGUACCCAUCAAUACAAGCAGGUUGUCUCUGUUUUAACUCACUGCCUGUAUUAUAAUUCAAUAUGGUGGCAUUACGCGAAUUCUCCCCCCUCUUCCUGACAAGAAUCUAAAGGUUAAUCUUUCUCUUUCCAUUUACCCCAGCAUAAGGCAGAACAGAUUAGCAUGAAUCAGGAAAAGCAAUUGAUUUUCACAACUGUUCCUGCAUCUCUCCUUGGUCUGAGUACAAAUAAUUUCUUCCUCACUCAAUCAAAUCACUCCCCUUCUGUUUGUGCUUAGCUGGCAACAGAUGCUGCCCAUUCCCUGCUCCAUUCAUCUCUUAAAAGCUUUUCCCACUAACCCAGAGCAGCAGGGGCAGGGAGAUGGAACAGUGUGUCCCUUCCCUUAUUACUUAGCUCUACCACCUGAGGAAAAAAAAAAAAAAAAAAAAAAAUCACACCACAUCUUAAAUUAAUGCCAUACUAUUUUUUGAAAUGUAAUAGCCAGAAAAAUAAAGACAUCCAAUGCCAUUUGCUGCACUAAGCCUGUCCUUCGUGCUCCUGCACCCCUCGCACUUUCUCACACAGCAAUUCUAACACUCACUGAGGGGGCUAUUUGUGGCUUAAAACUGGUGAUGAGAAAUACUAGGGGACAAUUCUGCCUUCUUUCAGAUUUCUGUACCCUCAGCAACAUAACUAAAGCUUUCAAACUGAAAGCACCUCCUGUGGAUUGUUUGUGAGCACCAGGAGAGGACUGCUGGAAGUGCACCCUCCUCACACAAGGCUGUCACUUCUAUAACAAACAUUACUGCUUGUCAAUUAGUUUUUCCAAAAUGUAUGUAUUUGACUGCUUGUAGUGAUUCUAAUUAUACUGAUAGAAGGAGAAAUGAUGAAUCUUAGUCAGAUACCUAAAGGCUAAGAUUUUUAGCAUGAGAAAUUACACAAAUGUAAUCACUUUGCCCUGUGAGAUGAUGCUUGAUGUCCCUUUAUGUACAAAUCACACAGCAUUACAACUAUGCACUUACAAUUAAUAACGUAAGCCAAUUACAAUUAAAUAAAAAGACAAGAACUGUGAAGUA